AUGUGUCGUGUGCUGCCGGCGCCCAUGGACCACCCCUACGGGCGCCCGCACAUCAUUUCCUCCCACGAAAGCGGCCCCGUCCCGUACGCGAUGGGGCCCGCCUCGCAUUGGGCGCCGGUGCCGCGGCCGCCCGGCCGGCCGGUGCCUGCGCGGCGGUUCCUGCGUGCCCCCCACGCCGGCUCUGCGCCGUUGGUGCCAAAUGUCCAGCAACGUGUCAUGCGGCACAACAUGGGAAAGUGCACACAUGGAAACGUCGUCAUGUGCAUGAAUGCACACAAUGCCGAAAUGAACUCCUUGAAUCGGCGUGCGAGUGGGUAUAAGCAGGGAAACGCGGCGUGCAUAAAUAGGCACAACACGGAUAACAACUCAUCGGGCAGCAAGGCGGGGAAUAUACCGGCAAACGGCGCUCUCUGUCUGCCUCGUCGCGGCGUUCGCAUCACCUUUCUGCUUAGCACUCCAACACCGCAGGGGUUGGAAAAUAGUAGUACGGGCGGGAAUCAGUACAGGGCUUGCUCAGACAGCACUGCCCAGGCACAACACGACCCGCGAAGUGAUAGUCGCAAGGCAAUCGCUGGAGAUGAAGUGGUCGUGGAUGCUACUGGGAUAGGGUGUAACAUAUCUCCAGUUACAGGAAAGCCGGUUGUGGCCCGAGGCCCGCAGCCCGCCGUUGUGGCACCCACGCGAUUUAAGGAGCAUCACUACAAGCGCCCACGGCAUCGCCAUAAGGAGGAUAUCCCCGACCCGGCACGGGAAUGGUGGGUGGAGGGGCUUGUGCAGACGCGACGUGUGCCUUCCCCGUCGUCCUCCCAUCGCAGGUCCUCCGCGGAGGGCGGCAAACAAAAGCCAGGCGCAGGCGCAAAAGAAGCCGGCCCUCCAGUCAAAAAUUCCAAGUUUGUGAAUGCCUUUCUGGGCCUUUUCAAGUAA